AUGGUCAAGCACGCCUCCAAAUCUACGGUUCAUCAGCUCGCUAAAGAGUACACCUCAAUCAUAAAAGGAAAGACUAUUCUCACGACAGGCGUCAGUCCUGGUGGUCUCGGUGCAUUAUUCGUCGAUGCCAUCGCAGUUGCUGAGCCUGAGCUGGCUAUCCUUGCCGGCCGUAACAUCAACAAACUUCAGCAAACAGCAGACGACCUCGUAUCAAAACACCCUAAUCUCAAGACAAAACUACUGGCUAUUGAUCUCAGUUCUCUUGCUUCUGUCCGUUCUGCGACAGAACAAGUUAACGGAUGGUCUGAUGUCCCUAAGAUCGAUGUGCUGAUCAACAAUGCGGGCAUCAUGGCGACAGACUUUGGACUUACUAAGGAUGGAUUUGAAAGCCAGUUUGCUUCUAAUCACUUGGGUCAUUUUCUGUUUACAAAUCUCAUCAUAAACAAACUCCUCGCUUCAGAAGCUCCUCGUGUUGUCAGUGUUUCUAGCAAUGGUCAUCGACUGGGUCCUAUCCGAUGGGGUGACCCAAACUUCAGUAAUGGAGAUUUGUACAACAGGUGGAGUGCAUAUGGACAGUCUAAGACUGCUAAUAUGUUAUUCACAAUCUCUCUGGCUGAGAAGCUAGGUGGCCGUGGAUUGCAGGCAUACAGUCUCCAUCCCGGUGCUAUUCUUGAAACCUCCUUGGCCAAUCAUCUUGGUAACUUGGACAGUCUAAUCGAGGCUGAUCGUGCAAUGGGCGAUCCAUGGGGCUGGGUCGAUUGGUCAACUGUCCCUGUCACUCCCGAAGUUGGCGCCGCAACACACGUCUUUGCUGCCUUUGAUCCUGAUUUGAAAGAUCAAAAUGGUACUUAUCUGUUGGAUUGCCGUUUGGUGGAACCAUUUACAGACACUGUUAGGCCUUGGGCUACAAGUUCAACAGAGGCAGAGCUGCUAUGGAGGUUAAGUGAGAAGAUGGUUGGGCAGAAGUUUUCAUUCCAGCUUUAA